AUCGCCACCGUUAUCGAUAACUCGACGAAAAUUUGCUUGACGAGCGUGUGUGCGCUGCUCUGUUCGUGUACACUUUAUUUUCAAUUGGUGAAAAUUGUUAUAAAACUGGCGAGAAAAUAUGUGAAAAUAGGAAAAAGCCUGAUUUGGACUCUCGAACUGUGCGUGCGCAAUCGAAUUGAUGACGCCCCAGCCGCGAAAACUAGCUGAAAAGCAUAAAAAUAACAAAGGCGUUAGCGAAGGAACGACGGGCGAAGAAGGCAAAUAGACGCUCCAACCGCUCGUUCCACUGCAGUUGUGUAUAUUUAGCCAUUGCAACCAACUAAUUAGACGCAAGUAAAUGCAAGUAAAAUAAAGAAAACGGCCAACGCAAGGCAAAAGUACAGUGAAAAUUGCUGUUGGUCGAUUCGAUUGUCGGCGCACGAAGACGAACACGAAUAAAGGGAAGAAGAAGCGAGCGAAACAAACGAGAAAGAGAAACGAAACGAACGGCGAUUUUGCGUUCGUGUGUGCGUGUGUGUAUGUGUGAGGGUGGAAUAUAAACAAAAAAUUAACAAUACGAAAAUCGAGAACAAUUGCUCUACUUGGCGAAAAGUAAAAUGUCACAUUUGCCGCUGGAUGCACGGGCCAUUCUGCAGUAUCUAAAUGAUUUGGGCUAUAGGAAUAUAUCAGCCGAGCAACUCCGUGAAUUUCUAAAAGACUUGCGCAAGCUCAUCAAGUAUGAGGAACGUCUGGCGGAGAACGCAAAGGAGGACAAUAUCAGGGGCCUGCAUAAACGCGGCACCGUCAGCUCGCGUGCCAAAUUGAGUGGAGGAGAUAAGGAUAAGGAGAACACGGCUCCUCCAUCGUGUCCAUGUUCAUCUGCCAAGGAGAAGGAGUCGAAGACUGACCAGGAUGACGACCAGCAGGAGCGUUCCGAUGGUGGCGCUGGAUUUGCAGACCUGGCUCGACUUUUUAAGGAGAAACUCCUGAUGGAUGCAUCUGUGCCGCCCACGGCAAGUAAUGUUUUGGAACCCGGAAAGCGUCGCAGUCGCAGCAAGACCCGUCAAGGAAAGGAACCUCCACUGUCCAGUGGCGAAUCGGAAGCUAAUGAGGACCGUCCCAGGAUGCAACGCCGACGGCGUAGCAAGUCGCAUCCGCGCAGCGCCAGCCGGGGACGUUCUUUGGCUCGCCGUCGUUGCAAAUCCAAGCACUGCGAUCCUGUGGCAUUAUUCCAAUACUACCAGAAGGAGUGGGCCCAUUUCCGCAGCCAGAUUCCCGGCGAGAAUACCCGCCACGGGGUACACCACAAGCCAAUGGUUCCGAAGAAGUGAGGAUAUAUUUCCAAUGCAGCUUUUCCAUAAAAAACCAUACUUCGAUUUAUUCCGCUGUUCAACUGCAGUCAUUAUUCCCAUUUAUUUAUAUUACUGACCAUUUUGAACUCAUUCUUAUACACAGAAUAUUGAAAAAAUACUUAAGAAAUCGAAUAAAAUACAAAUUCUAAAUGUGUGUUAAAUAAAUACUUCAAAUUUGAA